AUGGGACACACAGGUGCAGCUCAGCCCCUGCCCAUCCCUGUCACGCUGGCCCUGCAUGAGUCGCAGAAACUGUCCUCGCCCACCUCGGCGUCACCUGCCGCCUGUACUGACACAAGUCACGACGGGCCCGUUUCUGACCAUCUCAGUUUCACCGUCUCCUCUCGAAAACCCCGCGUCCUGCUGACCCCGGGGGCGCUCCCAUCACUCGACAGGUCUCAAGGAGCGCCCUUGCAACACCGGAUCAUCAACUUUAAUUUCGAAACUGUGCAGGUGACCUGGAAUGCCAGCCAAGACUCGGGCACGAAUCUGACCCUGCUCUACCGCUUCCGCGGUGACAAUGACAGCCGCUGUCCCGACUACAUUCUGCAGCGAGGCCGCAGCGUCGGGUGCCUCCUGCCGGCCAAAGGAGACAGGGUUCUGGACUUCUCCAUCUGGAACGGAACCCAAAGUCUUCUCUCCAGGAGUCUGUGGAUCAGCGAUUACUUGAAACCCAGCUCGCCGAGAGAUCUGAGGUUCCGGUGGCACCAGGAAGCCAUCACGGUGACGUGCACCACUCUGUCCUACACGAACGUCUUGUAUGAAGUUCAGCACAAGAGUACCUUUGACCGAGAGUGGCAAUCCAAGGAGGAAGAGGACAGAUGCAAUGUGACCAUCGAGGGCUUGGAUGUUGACAAAUGCUACCUGUUGCGGGCCAGAGUGAUCGCAGAUGAUUCCAUCUACGGCCCGGAGACCUACCCCAGCGACUGGUCGGAGGUGACCUACUGGCAGGGGGGUGAGCUGCAAGACUCAUGCCAGGAGAAAACGCUCUUCUCCAAACACAUUUUAGUGUACGGCAUGGUCACCUUCCUCAUCAUGUUCCUGCUCCUGCUCUGUCUAUGGAAACUACACAGAGUCAAGAAGCUGCUUCUGCCCAGGGUGCCUGAUCCCAAAGUCACCUUCCCUGGGCUCUUUGAGACCCACCAGGGAAACUUCCAGGAAUGGAUCGGGGUUACUCAGGGCGUGAGCCAGGCGACCAGGACAGAAGACGGGGAGCAGGAUGGCAGCGUGGAGGAGGCCCUGCUGGUCCUGCUGCCCAAGGCCGAGGAGAACACGGCCCGGACGGCGACGCCGGGCCCAUCACACCUGCCGGAGGUGCAGAGAGAGGCCGUCGGGGGGCCCGGCCCGCUCCCGGACCAGCCCCCCCAGGGGGAACUGCUGUCUCUCGGGGGCGUCACAUUUGUGAUGAGUGAGAACUCGUACGUGACGCUAUGA